UUCGCUAGCCGCCAACUCAGCGCCUAGCUGGCACCCCGAAUCAAGCGGGCGAGUUGGACGAUGAUUACCAACACCACGGGCAGCGCCGGGCGUUGGGCUGGCUACACCGCGGCGGCCGCGGCGUUGGCCUUGGCCUCGUCGGUCGCCCUCACAGCGGCAGCGGGGACUGCAUCAGCAUCGUCGAUCUCCGUCUCGGACAGUCCGGGCGCGACGAUGAUGGCAGGUGCCACCAGCAGCCCCGAAUUAGUGAAAGAGUUCAACGCUUGGAUCAACAGCUUUUUGUUCUCGGAGGGCACCAUUAAGACGGCGCGGGAUGCCAUGGGGGCCAAGGCGGCCCACUACUUCCUCACGUACGUCCGCAACUUCCUCGGGGGGUCGAUUCUCUACUACAUCACGGCGGCAAUGUGGCAUUGGGUGAUCUACGUCAAGAUGGGACGCACGCUGUUCCCGAAAGGUAUGCCAGCGCCGGCGGUGAUCUGGGACCAGAUCCAGCUGGCCCAGCUGAGCACGACGGUAUACGCGAUGCUGCCGGUUUUGGGGGAGUUUUUCAUCGAGGAAGGAUAUACGAGGUGCUACUUCCACUUUUCGGACGUCGGCGGGCUGAUCGGAUACGUGCUGUACACAGUGGUCUACCUGACCUUCGUUGAAAUCGGGAUCUACUGGAUGCACCGCACGCUUCACACGAACAAAUUCCUGUACAAGUACGUGCACGCGCUUCACCACAAGUACAACUCCCCCGAAACCUUGUCUCCAUGGGCGUCGAUCGCCUUCAACCCUCUGGAUGGGGUCCUCCAGGCCUGCCCGUACGUGAUCUGCUUGUUCUUUAUCCCGUGUCACUACUACACGCACAUGGCCAUGUUCAUGUUCACGGCAAUCUGGGCUACGAACAUCCACGACGCUGUGCCGGGCAAUUCGGAGCCCAUCAUGGGCGCCAAGUACCACACGGUGCACCACACGCACUACCACGUUAACUUCGGGCAGUUCUUCACCUUCUGCGAUCAGUACUGGGGUACCCUCAAGCGUCCGCAGGACAUGCGAGGCUAUAGCCAAGAGCCAUCGACGGACGCUGCGAAGAAGGCUUCUUGAUACAUUCGAGGCGUGCCGAUUUUGAUGGGAGGCUGGGCCCAGGGAUGGGGGCGUUAAAACUCUUUCGGCGGCGUGAUUGUCGUAUCACAGUACUUUCUUUCUUCCCGCCGUUCAUUUGUUUGGUGUUGCGUGGAUCAACCGGAGGAUGUUUUGAGUGGGGGGAAGUGUGGCGCACGCACCAUACCGAGGCGUGCUGUCGAUGCGUCCGUUCGCCCUUCUGGUACACUCAGCGACGCCAAGGUCUGACGAACGCAUGUAGAGGCGAGAAAAUGCAUAUCGCAAACCCGUUUGUGCACUGCGUAUAUAAUCGGAUUGGUUGUUUGUUUUACCUUUUCCAAAGCUGCCACGGGGCUGCUUGGUGUUUUAGGUCGAACUUUCCUGAUCUUUGCUGAUUUCCAGGACGAAGGGUACAUGCUCUCCGUUCAGUUAGCUUUAGAGUUUUGCACGCCGGUGUUGUUUGCUUGGGUAUCUUGUUUGUUGCGUACUACGGUGCACAGAGGUUUGUGUAAAAGGGGCUGGUAUGUGUUUUGUGUCUCGAGCGUUUGUGCUACAUCACGCAACGCUCGUGUGUUUGCAAUGCGUGGUCUCUUCAAUUGUAAUGUUGCUUUUUAUGUCUUUAACGCCGCGGUGCGUUUGGCGGUGAACCUACAAACUCUUGUCCUCCCCCGCCUUGGCCAAAGCGUUCGUUGUGGGGUUGGACUACGAUAUUCCUACCUUGGGACUAAUCAUGGGAGUCACGAC